GAACGGACGCGUCUUGUGCCACCGGCCUCGCCCGUGUCGCACAGGAGGCGCUCUCGCCCUGCAUCGCGCAUGCACAGCAGGAGAGGUUCCAUGACAGAGGAACCAAAUGAGAGGACCUCGUUGCUCGGCGCCUCUCGGCCUCGUGUCAGGAUCUCGAGCGAGGUCCAGUCGCCUCGCACGCCACGCCUGCCACUGUCUGCGUCCCACAGCUUCCUAGGCAGCAACCCCUCGACCAAACACCACUUCCGAGGAGAGUCCUGGAGCUCGCGGUUAAUACAGGCACUCUCUCAACACCAAGAUUCCCUGACCGAGUCCAAGGGAUCCAUUGUUCCCGACGACCGUGUGUGGUACGAUCAAUUUACAUCCACCGACUGGGUCCACGACAGCAUCGCCGAUGCCUACAGGGCCAAAGCCUUGAGGAGCCGGAAGGACUUCUGGGGCCGCUUAUAUCUUGCUUUCGACGGUGCGCAAGGCUGGAUCCUCUCGGCCCUGGUCGGCUUCAUCGUCGCCGUCCUAGCCUAUUGCAUCAACGUCACCGAACAGGUCGUUUUCGACUGGAAGGAUGGCUAUUGUGCCAAGGGCUGGUAUUUGAGCGAGAGGCGGUGUUGCCCUCUAGGCGACUGCACCGACUGGGUGUCUUGGUCCGACGUUACCAAGCAGCUACCCCUUGAUGACAAGUGGAGGGAGUUUGUGGUCUAUGUGUUUGGGGUGAAUGCCCUCGCCAUCGUCGCCUGCCUCCUGACGCUCCUGACCAAGACCGUCGUCCCUUCAGCAUACCGACUGGGCACACUAGACGAGAACCUAGCAGCUCCACCUGUGAUCUUUGCCGAUACCGAUCCCCAGGAGGAGAAUGGGGAGGCCAGCCCCCCACAACAUCAUCAACAACAAUUACAGCAGCAGCAGCAACAACAACAACAGCAGACCGCUGAGGCUGAUGCUUCCUCACCACCGAUGAUCUACUACUCCGCUGCUGGUAGUGGAGUUGCUGAAGUACGCGUUAUUCUUAGUGGUUUCGUUCUCCACGGGUUCUUGGGCUUGAAAACCCUCGUCAUCAAGUCCGUGGGCCUGGUGCUCAGUGUGGCCUCGGGUCUCAGCCUCGGCAAGGAGGGUCCCUACGUGCACAUUGCGACUUGUGUUGGCAACAUUGCAUGCCGACUGUUUGAGAAGUACGACCGGAACGAUGGCAAGAGGCGAGAAGUACUUUCGGCCGCUGCAGCCGCCGGUGUCGCAGUUGCCUUUGGUGCCCCUCUCGGAGGUGUGCUCUUUGGCCUGGAGGAGGUGGCUUAUUUCUUCCCGGCAAAGACGCUCUUCCGGACCUUCUUUUGCUGCAUCAUUGCCGCGCUCAGCCUCAAGUUCCUCAACCCUUAUGGCACGCACAAGAUUGUCAUGUUCCAGGUGCACUACGCUACUGAUUGGGAGUACUUUGAGCUCUUCAGCUUCAUCGUCGUCGGGUUCGUCGGCGGGUCGCUGGGUGCAUUGUUCAUCAAGGCCUCGCGCUACUGGGCCAAGAGCUUCAGGAAGAUCCCGGCCAUCAAGCAGUACCCGAUGGUUGAGGUCAUCUUGGUCGCGCUGGCCACCGGCUUGUUGUCGUACUGGAACGGCCUGGUCAAGCUGCCGGUCGCAAAGCUCAUGUACAACCUCGCUGCUCCUUGCGAUUCCAGCGAGACGAGCAUGGACGAGGCUGUCUUGUGUCCAGAGGCGCGGGACGACAUCCCCCCAAUCCUCCUGAAUCUACUGGUCGCUUUCUUGAUCAAGGGAGCCUUGACAGUCAUCACCUUUGGCAUUAAAGUUCCUGCCGGUAUCUACGUUCCGUCCAUGGUGGUAGGCGGUCUCGUGGGCCGGCUGAUCGGGCACACUGUGCAGUGGCUUGUUUUCACCUUCAACGAGUGGCCUGUGUGGGAUCGCUGCUCCAGGAUAGGAGAGGCCACAUGUAUCCAGCCUGGCGUGUAUGCGCUGAUUGCAGCCGGCUCUACCAUGUGUGGUGUGACCCGAUUAUCCCUCACCUUGGCAGUCAUCCUGUUUGAGCUCACGGGCAGUCUCGACUAUGUGCUCCCAUUCUCUCUGGCUAUCCUCGUGGCCAAGUGGACGUCGGACUUUAUCGAGCCAGUCAGCAUUUAUGAUCUCUUGACGGAGCUGAAUUCGUAUCCCUUCCUCAACAACAAGCACAAGCCCAUCUUCACAUCUGAUCUGGCAGACAUUGUGCCUCGUGUGCGGCGCGAGAGGGUGAUCGACAUCACGCACUCCCCACUGGUUUCAGCGGCGAGCCUCCGGCGGAAGCUCGAGCGGCUCCAUGCGGCGGGCGAGAUCGAUGGUGGCCUUCCUAUUCUGCGGGACGGGAUCCUGGUGGGCCUGAUUCCGGCACCUGAUCUGGAGUUUGCGCUCGACCAGCUCACCGAUGAGAGCUCGGACCUCUGCCUGAUGGCCAAUGUGCCAUCCAUCGAUGACUCGGAUGACGGGAACGUCGACCCCACCGACUUUACAAGAUAUAUCGACCCUGCACCCGUGGCCCUCGAUAUACACUCGUCCAUGGACCUCGUCUACGAAUGCUUUGUGAAACUUGGUCUGCGGUACAUUUGCGUCCUCCGUGAAGGCAAGUACGCCGGCAUGACGCACAAGAAGACGUUUGUCAAGUACAUGAGGGAGUUGGAGCAUGAAGAGGCCUCGUAGAAGAUGUCGGCAGAGAGCAAUCUCACAAGCCAGAGUGGUGGGUUGUGUGCUUCAUUUCCAUGUCUGUUUACUUUAUGUCUGUUUGUAUUGCAUGGCUCAUUUUCCUUUUGUUCUUUUUCUUUGGAUUCCUCAUUGCAUGCCUCCUGGGAUAAGGUUGGGCGGUCGGCAGCAUUUUUGUCUUGAUUAGAUUGGAUCUUUCUAUUUACCAUCUAUGCUUUCACAUUCAGCGAAGCAGGUAGUUGGCUGGUCAACACAGGUCUUAGCUGGUCAGCAAAAGAUAAAUGAAUUUUAGU